GCUCAUUUUCGCAAGGCAAACGAACCUUAUCGCGAUCCGUGUGCUACACCCGAUUGAUCCUGGAAUAUUCACCAACAGCUGGGUUUUGUUGGCCGGAUUUGAAUUUACCAUUGUAAUUGAGAACAUUAACCAGUGCUGGUUCUCAAUAUUGUUGCAACCAGUAGAGACCAGCACUAUGGUGCUUCAGUUUAAGAUGUCAAUCCACACUGUACUGUCAUUGGUAAUCUGCUACUAUGUACUCACCGGUACUACAGUGAUGAGUUGUCCAGCAUCAUGUCCGUGUGAUGGUGCACCUAGGUACACUGUAUAUUGCUUCAGUCGCAGAUUAACAAUGGUGCCUGGUGGAAUACCGAAUACAACAAUGACUCUAUAUUUGGACGGUAAUCAGAUCCAGAAAUUAAGUGCCGGUGUGUUUUCUGGUCUAACAAACCUCCAAACACUAGAUUUGCGUAAUAAUCAGAUCCAGACUUUAAGUGACGGUGUGUUCUCUGGUCUAACAAACCUCCAAUCACUACUUUUGGGGAAUAAUCAGAUCCAGAAUUUAAGUGACGGUGUGUUCUCUGGUCUAACAAACCUCCGAGUACUAUGGCUCAAUUUCAAUCCUCUUAUUUUGACACCAAGUCUCUAUGUCAGUUUAUAUGGUAUCGGCACUAUCUCCUCUAACCCCGGCUGUUACGGGUGUGUCUAUGUUAACUCAUGGGUUGCGGUGUACUUGAAUCAAGUGUCAAAGUCCUGUGCACCUGGACAUUUUCAGAAGUUCAACAAUAACGGAAGCUUUGACUACUACUGCCGUUGUAAUGAGUCCGUACCAGUUAUUACACCGAAUUGUUCAUCACCUGGAUACACAUGCCUGGCAAAUGGACAAUUUCCAAUUUGUUUUGGAUACACACAAUGCGAAAAAGCAGGUUCUACUUACAUUUGCACUUGUGAGAACGAAUUAAGCCUGAAUCAAUCCUACUGUUACAUGGCUAAAGACUGCCAAAACACAGUGGAAGACUGCGGAAAUGGAAACUGCACCAUGGAUUACCCACCUGAAUCCCGAAUAAAUAAGAAACUCAAUCAGCCAUCAAAUCCGAGGAAUGGAAUAUAUUCGACAGAUACUAUUUCAGCAGAGAACACAACGUUGACUGUAAAGUGCAAGACUGAUUUCCGGAAUGAUCAAAGUGCAAUACAGUCAACCAUGAAAUGUCAAUACCCAGGAACCUGGAUAACCCUCCGCGCUGAGCCUUGCCGCCUACCUUUCAAUUGUUCAGAUUCCCCUUGUCAACCGAAACGCCAAACAUGCACAGAUAUUGAAAAAGGAGGUUUCGUCUGUAAUUGUUCCAAUGGAUAUGCAAAGAAUUACAGCACAGAUUUAUGCGAGGACAUCAAUGAAUGUGACGGAGUUAAUAUAUGUGAUUCUAGCAGCAGCUAUUGUGUCAAUCAGCCAGGAAACUACACGUGUGAGUGCAAGAAUGGGUUCAGCAAAAGGGAUAACACAUCAACCGGUUUUUGCAUGGACAUAAAUGAAUGUGACAUACUUGAUGUCUGUAAUCGUAGUAGCAGCUAUUGUGACAACCAGCCAGGAAGCUACACGUGCGAGUGCAAGAAUGGGUUCAUUAAAAAGGAUAAUGUUUGUACCGGGCUCAAUUGCUCACAUGCUUCAUGUGAUACUGCAACCCAACAAUGCACUGAUAUCAAAGGAGGAAGUUUCAUCUGUAAUUGCACCACCGCGUAUACAAAAAAUGAAAAAACAGGUUUAUGCGAUGACAUUGAUGAAUGUAGCACAGGUGAUGUAUGUGGAUCUAGCACAAGCGAUUGUGUAAACCAGCCGGGAAAAUAUACAUGCACAUGCAAAGUUGGGUACAUCAAAAAAGGAGAUAAUGACUGCACCGGGCACGAGUUGUCGAUUGGUUUAGGUGGAGGUGCCGGAGGGAUUUUAGUUAUCAUCGCAGUCAUAGUCAUCAUCUGGUCACGACGUGAAUACAAAGCUAGUCGUUCUAGAAGGGAAGAAAAAACACGGAGCAAAUUUCAUCAAGAUGUGUUCUUCUCCGACUCCAAGCAGACGACAGGUAUGACGUACUUCUCCAAUAAUCCAGCUUACAGCUCCAAACAGGAGCGUAUAUAUGAAGAAAUUGAUAUCCCAGAUGAAAUCAACACGAAGUCGUAGUAAAUUGUCAAAGUUAACCCUUUUCUUUGACAUGUUCUAAAAAGCAGCAUCAUGAAAUGUAAAUGUACGUGGGGCUGUAGUAGAAUAGAAGCGUUAAUAGUAUUAGUAGUAGUAGUAGCCAUGCCUAGAUGUGUUUCAUAGGAAACAGCUGCGGUGUACCCUUGGAAUUACCUACCCAGAUGUCUUCUCGAAUGCAGAUUUAUAUGCUGUUACUGGCCAGUGCUCUGUAUCUGAAAUGGCCAAGCGGGACAGGUGGAAGCUAUUAGGACAUAUAUUACGCCAGCCAAGUGCCAUCCCUGCAAAUGUUGCUCUCACUGCUUUCUGUACAUAUGCUACCAGUCAGCCCUUUCGAAUAGGUGCACCCCGCUCUUGCUUCACCACAAGUCUCCAGCGAGACGUCCGCCUCACACCUAUCUGCAUUUUUAAGCCCAGCUGCCUUCGUGAUCUUGGCACCUAUGCCCGCGACAGAAAACAAUGGAGUAACAUCUGGUCAGCCAUUUAGUCUAGUACUGCUCUUCUUAAAUUUGACCUUUAUUACAAGACUCUUCUUUUUCAUUUCGCUCUCCCACUCUCACCCACACAUGCUCACGGUUACGUCUGCCGUCGUGAGUCCCAUUCGGGACAUUUACGAGAAUAAUAAUAAUAAUAAUAAUAAGUAGCCAUGUUCUUCAUUUUCUCUACCCUCCCUCACUCCUUUUCACAACUCAACAUCAUUCUUAUAUUAUAAAUGUGUGUAGUGUUUUUCCGUCUGGCAUGGAUUUUCUCGCCUAUUUGCAAGCAUAAAGUUUUGUUAGUCAUGCAUGCCAACAUUGCGCCAAAUGCAAUUGACCCGAAUCCACUCGAGUCUUACCACAUUCACACAUAUGGAGGAGUCUGCUUUUUCAAGCAAAUCCGCCUUUUUCGCGCACGUACUGCUAUUGGAUAUUUACCCACACUCACGUGCCAUACCCUGUACCCCACCUUCUGUCACUGCUGGUAAUUUAAAAAUAACUAAGUUAUCAUUUUUGCAACAUGGAAAUUGUGGGCACACGUUAUGCGAUGGAGACCACCAACUGAACAGUCAAGCGUGAACAAUAAUUAUAGGACAAACCUGACAAGGAGUACUGAGCAAAUCCACAGCAACAAAGUGUGGAGGUUUUGUGCUAGGUUUUGCAUGUAUGGCUGUUCAAAUUCUGGUUUCUUUGGGAGACUCAUUUGCGUAACUUAAGCCCACAAUUUACACAUUACAAUUUGUUCCUUGGCCCACCUGCCAAAUUCUUUUUCAUUUUUGUUGCACAUUUUACCCAUUUCAUUUCUUUGUGCAUAUGACAGCCAUGAUUUCUUGUUUUUAUAGCUCUACUUACUGGAACUGGUAUUAUUACCUCUCUACUGUACACUGUGCAUUGCCUUUGUUCAUUUCACUUGGGAUGUCCUUCACCUGAUGAUAAAUCUUGAAAAGUAUUCUAGUGAACCGAAAAAAUCCAAGAUGUUUCUGAAGUGUGUCUUCAUUUUAAGUAAUAUCACUAGGCACCGGUGGAUUAUGCCAGCAUAAUUGUUGGCAUAUUUUGGUUAAUGAAAGUUUGGAUCAUAACUUGCCUUUCUGAGGUAGGAGCAUAACUGUAAUAGUUUUACCUUGACACUUCUUGCUUGUCUUAUGGUAACACCUUGUGUUCCUACUAUUCUCACUCCUGCGGUUCUCGCCUUUCUUUUGUUUUAUAACCUCUGGUUUGAACAUCAUUCGUUGAAUUUUUCAAUCAAUCAAGUCUAUACUGUUA